GUCUGAAUAAGGUAGGCCCCAGUUCAGGGACACCUGAGGACAUGCUGUGUAGCCUUGUGGAAGUCAGUGAACCUCUUAGCCUCUUCCCCCAAGUGUACAACGGGUAAAAUGAUGGUACCCUCGGGAUUUUUAGAAGAAUUGAAUGAGAUCCUCCCUGUCAAGCUGCUAGCAAGGGCCCGCAGUGAGGGCCCAUAUUAGCUGUCAUCACGACAGUGUGAGCGAGCAUGCAGCUUGGUCGCAGGUCCCAAGAGUACGGAUCGUUUGCUUGCCCGAGAUGCGCCCUGGUGGCAGCGGGCAGUACUGCCUCCUCUGCCUGUGUGUGCAUUUCACUUUCGCGCGAGUCAACUUUAUGCCCCUUACAAAGACGACGAAAACCGAGGCACGGGGAAGAAGAGGGGUGACUCAGUCCUAAGGUCGUAGACCAACUUGUUGAGCUCCCCCACACAGCGACAGUCACCAUCAAAGCCGAAGCUGGUGGCACUGUUGCGCCACGCAGGGCCUCGGGCACCUCUGUGAAGGAGAAACUGGAGUCUGGUGGCAGACGCUGCCCGCGCCGACACGCGCGUGGCAAGGACAGUGCGGGGCUUGCGCCUCCAAACGCACAGCCCCGCGCAGCCACGGGGGCGGCACUGCCCAGGCGACGACGCACAAGCCUACAGUAUCCCUCGGGUUGGAUUCAACUACUAGCCAGGUUCCCCCAGUAAAGCCACGACAGGUGGCGGAGGCCUGAUUCGACCUCAGACUACCUGGCUCCGCCCCAGUCUGGCCGGGACCUCAGGCCGGGCCCGGACCGCACUAAGAGAGGACCCCAGGAGGCUUUCCGGCCAUCGAGCACCAGGCAGAGCCCAUGGCGGACACCCAGUACAUCCUGCCCAAUGACAUCGGCGUAUCUAGCCUGGACUGCCGUGAGGCCUUCCGCCUGCUGUCACCCACAGAGCGCCUGUAUGCCCACCACCUGUCCCGGGCCGCCUGGUACGGAGGCCUGGCUGUGCUGCUGCAGACCUCCCCCGAGGCCCCCUACAUCUACGCUCUGCUCAGCCGCCUCUUCCGCGCCCAGGACCCCGACCAGCUGCGCCAGCAUGCCCUGGCCGAGGGCCUUACCGAGGACGAGUAUCAGGCGUUCCUGGUCUAUGCUGCGGGCGUCUACUCCAACAUGGGCAACUACAAGUCCUUCGGUGACACCAAGUUUGUUCCCAACCUGCCCAAGGAGAAGCUGGAGCGUGUGAUUCUGGGGAGCGAGGCCGCUCGGCGGCACCCCGAGGAGGUCAGGGGCCUGUGGCAGACGUGCGGGGAGCUCAUGUUCUCUCUGGAGCCGAGGCUGCGACACCUUGGGCUGGGGACGGAGGGAGUCACCACCUAUUUCUCUGGAAAUUGUACCAUGGAAGAUGCCAAACUGGCUCAAGACUUUCUGGACUCACAGAACCUCAGUGCCUACAACACAAGGCUCUUCAAGGAGGUCGACCGGGAAGGGAAGGCCCGCUACGACGUGCGGCUGGCUUCCGUGCUCUGUGCAGAGCCUGCCCUGGACUCCGAAGUGACUUCCAAGCUGAAGAGCUACGAAUUCCGGGGUAGCCAUUUCCAGGUGACCCGCGGGGACUAUGCGCCCAUCCUGCAGAAGGUGGUGGAGCAGCUGGAGAAAGCCAAGGCAUACGCAGCCAACAGCCACCAGGAGCAGAUGCUGGCCCAGUAUGUGGAGAGCUUCACCCAGGGCUCCGUCGAGGCCCACAAGAGGGGCUCCCGCUUCUGGAUCCAGGACAAGGGCCCCAUCGUGGAGAGCUACAUCGGGUUCAUCGAGAGCUACCGCGACCCCUUUGGCUCCCGGGGAGAGUUUGAAGGCUUCGUGGCCAUGGUGAACAAAGCCAUGAGCGCCAAGUUCGAGCGGCUCGUGGGCAGUGCGGAGCAGCUGCUGAAGGAGCUGCCCUGGCCCUCAGCCUUCGAGAAGGACAAGUUCCUCACGCCCGACUUCACCUCCCUGGAUGUCCUCACCUUCGCUGGCUCCGGCAUCCCGGCCGGCAUCAACAUCCCCAACUACGACGACUUGCGGCAGACAGAAGGCUUUAAGAAUGUGUCGCUGGGGAACGUGCUGGCCGUGGCCUACACCACGCCACGUGAGAAGCUCACCUUCUUGGAGGAGGACGACAAGGACCUGUACCUGCGGUGGAAGGGGCCGUCCUUCGACGUGCAGGUCGGGCUGCACGAGCUGCUGGGCCAUGGCAGCGGCAAACUCUUCGUGCAGGAUGAGAAGGGAGCGUUCAACUUUGACCAGGAGACCGUGAUUAACCCAGAGACGGGGGAGCGGAUUCAGAGCUGGUACCAGAGUGGGGAGACCUGGGACAGCAAGUUCAGCAACAUCGCCUCCAGCUACGAAGAGUGCCGGGCUGAGAGCGUGGGCCUCUACCUCUGCCUCCACCCGCAAGUCCUGGAGAUCUUUGGCAUUGAGGGGGCUGACGCAGAAGACGUGAUCUACGUGAACUGGCUCAACAUGGUUCGGGCUGGGCUGCUGGCCCUGGAGUUCUACACCCCUGAGGUCUCCAGCUGGAGACAGGCCCACAUGCAGGCCCGAUUUGUGAUCCUAAGGGUCUUGCUGGAGGCUGGCGAGGGACUCGUGGCCGUCACUCCCACCACAGGCUCCGACGGGCGCCCCGAUGCCCGAGUCCGCCUUGACCGCAGCAAGAUCCGGUCCGUGGGCAGGCCCGCCCUGGAGCGGUUUCUACGGAGACUGCAGGUGCUCAAGUCCACGGGAGAUGUGGCCGGAGGGCGGGCGCUGUACGAGGGGUAUGCGGCUGUCACGGAUGCGCCCCCCGAGUGCUUCCUCACCCUCAGGGACACGGUGCUGCUGCGCAAGGAAUCUCGGAAGCUCAUCGUUCAGCCCAACACUCGCCUCGAAGGCUCGGAAGUACAGCUUUUGGAAUACGAGGCCUCGGCUGCUGGCCUCAUCCGAUCCUUCUCCGAGCGCUUCCCAGAGGAUGGGCCCAAGUUGGAGGAGGUCCUCACCCAGCUGGCCACGGCUGAUGCCCGGUUCUGGAGAGGCCCCAGUGAGGCCACACUAGGCCAGGCUUGAGGAAGAUUUGUGUGGCCCCUCCCCCCACUCCAUCAGGCCAGGUCACAAGUGGCCCUCCAUUUGGGGGUGUGUAUUUAGGGGCUGGGGGAGGAGCAGGAGCUCGGACCUUGGUGCUACCUCAGCUGAGGGUGGUGACACUAACCCCUGCCAUUUGUCAGCACUUUCCAAUUUACCAAGUGCUUCCUCUCUGUUAUCUCGUUUGACCUGCGCUGCCCUCUGUGGAGUGGGCAAGACCGGGCUCACUCUCCUGUUUCCCAGAUGAGGAAAUAACAGUUCUGAAGAAGUGACUUGUCUAGAUCCUGCAGGUGGUAUGUGACAGAACCAGGGCUCAAAACAUUCUCACCAAAUCCAAUGCUCCUCACGUGUUACUUUUAUAGCCAGAAAAAUAAAUAUUAGAAACUACC